CAUUUGUCAUAGCAACUUUAGAGUAAAGCAAUUCUUUCUUUUUUUUAUCAGCCAAUAAGGUAGAAAUCUUGUAUGGUUACAGUCGAAUGAAACAGGAACUUGUUUCAGGAAAAAAGUACUUUAGAGGUAAUUAAACAAUGAGACAAAGGUAACACAAAGAGGUAGUUAGGCAAGAGAUUGUGGUUAAUAAAUGACAGGUUGCAACUGACUCCCCACCCAGUAGUGCCUGUGGUGAGUGCUGUGCGUGUUUGAUAGCACACAGGCGGAUAUCACUGACGUUAAAAAAAAACCCAAACAAAACAAGAAAAGAAGACAGAGCGUCGUUUUCUCAGGUGCCAUUUUCAGCCGUCGGUCCCACUCAUGGGGAAAACCAAAGACAAGUCUGGGCCCCUGGCUCGGAGGCCGGACAACUCGGCUUUCAAGCAGCAGCGGCUCCCCGCCUGGUCUCCAAUGCUAACCGCUAACACUGUGCUGCCUUUCUUCUACCUGCUGGCUGUGAUAUGCAUGCUGCUCGGAGUGUGGCUGCUUCUCCUCGUACAGAGCACGCAGGAAAUAAAGCUGGACUACACCGAUCUGGGAAACUGUAAUGAGUGUUUCGACCUGCGUCGAAAUGUGAGCAACGCAGUGCAGACCUGCAGCUGUCGGGUGGAGUUUUCAAUUGACAAAUCAUUGAAGGGCGAUGUCUUUUUCUACUACGGUCUCAAAAACUUCCAUCAGAACCUCCGCAGGUACAUGGACUCCAGAGAUGACGGACAGACGUUGGGCAGGAUAAAAAAAUUAAAGAACCCAAGUUCUUAUUGUGCGCCGUUUGACAAAGAUAAUGACGGAGUCCCCAUCGCUCCCUGCGGAGCGAUCGCCAACAGUAUGUUCAACGACUCCUUCACCCUGAACUAUCACCUCUCCAGCAGCCGUAUUGUUCCUGUUCCUUUGCUACGAACGGGCCUCACCUGGUACACAGACAAAAACGUCAAGUUCCGCAACCCAAGGGCCGACAAUCUAACUCUUGCUGAGGUGUUUGAAGGUACGAGACCGCCUCUGUACUGGCAGAAGCCUGUAUACAGUCUGGACCCACAUGACCCGAACAACAACGGUUUCAUUAAUGAGGACCUGAUCGUCUGGAUGAGAGAGGCGGCUUUCCCCAACUUCAAGAAGCUUUAUGGGAUUUUAAAUAGAGCAGACCCCAUCUUUGAAAAAGGGCUUCCGAAGGGAAACUACACCAUCGAUAUAUCCUACAACUUCCCUGUGCAGCACUUCCAGGGCAGGAAGGGAGUGGUGCUGACCACGCUGACCUGGUUCGGAGGCCAGAACCAUUUCCUGCCGAUUGCCUACCUGGUAACCAGCAGCCUGAUCCUGCUGACGGCCGUCGUCCUCACCGUGGCCUGGUGGAAGUUCGGAAAGGAUGGGAAGAACAUGAAGGAAUGAAGCAUGGAGGCGUCAAGACACAGAGGACUGAAACUGAUGAAGGAUUGAGCUGAUUGAUACUCGUGCUGCUGAGAAGGUUUGCAGACCAGAGACGGGAGACCCAAAGUGACAAAAUUGUUUUAAUAGGAAGCAGUCAAGCUGCAUUUUAAACCGUAGUUUAUUUGAAGGGUUCGUGAUGCAUACGUCACAUUAGGGCCUUGCUAUACUGGAGCACAAAGUGCCAUAAGAUGGUGUUUUUCACAUCUUUUUGCUAAAGAAAGUUAAAUAAUUAAAGCACUUAUUGUGUUGCAUUUUAUUAAAAAAAAAAAAAAGAGUAAUUUGGGAGAUGUAAAUUGUUUAUUUGGAAUAAAGUCAAAAGGAUUAGAAUGAAACUGAAAAUCCUAGUUUUUAUAGGUGCAAAGUGAGCAGCUCAUGACUGGUCCCAAUUUUUCACCGGUCAGAAAUAAAAGUAAAUAUUUUUUUCUUUCAGUGAACAAAUCUGAUUUUUACACCGAUGCACUGUUUAAGGAAAUAUUUCUGCCCAAAAACUAUACUGAACUUUUAUCUUAGUAAUUUUUUUUUUUUUUUUUACUGAUAUGGUGUUAUGUUCAGGGUAUAAAUAUAAAAGUAAGUGACUUUAUAAACUUGUUGGCUCUUUGUGCAGAAACUCUGGUACUGUGAAAGGUAAAACUUGUUUUUUAAUUAAGGCUGAUACACCAGGUGCUUUUUAAUUUGUUCCAAAGUCCAGAACCUAAUUAACUUUGAAAUCAGAAUAAACACCAAUUCAUAUUAGAAAGUUCUACAAAGAAACUUUCUUAUGUGAACUUUUAAAAUAAACGUACAUGUUUUGACACCCAGAUUUUGCAGUGACUCCGCCCAGACACAGCAGAAAGUAGGAAAAAUAUUGAGUGCCGUUUUGUUUUUUCUGUUGGUUUUUUUAAGAAGCAAGAUUAAACCCUCAAAGUGGCCACCGAUAGCUGAUUUGUGCUUCUCAGUUUUGCAUUUCUCUAAGUUUCACACCUUUGUCUGUCGCAUGAAAUACAGCAUCAGCUCAUUUAAAUGUUUAAUUAUAUUAACCUGUUAAUUUAAUAUGAAAGCCAAGCUGUUAUUUAUAUUACUUAGUCAAUUGCAAUGACUGAAUUUUCAGUGAAGCACUAAAGAAAUAAACAUUUCUUUAAUAAAAAAAA